UCGAGUCGAACUUCAAAUCAGAACGCAUCUUCAAAUUUAGUUCGCUUUCUUUUAUUUAUUUACUUUUUCAUUAUUUUAUCCAUUUAUUAUUUUUUUAUUUAUUUUUACGCGUAACUUUUUAUCUACAAUUGUAAUGUACUUGUAAAAUGAAAUCAUGACAUUAAUUAAUAUUGUUUUGUUUAUAAUAAAAACUAUUUUUGUUUGAAGAAUGAUGAACCACUAAAUUCCCGUUAUCCAUUCAUUGUACAUUCCACGUCAAUAGUGUUUAUAUUUCUGAAAUUAAGUAAAAUGCGGCGUGCUAAAGGAUACCAAGAUCUAGAUGAUAGUGUUGUGGUGACUCCUAGGGCUCCGGCUCCGCCUAUGCCUCCUCCCCAAGAAAUCGAAAUGGCAUCCGUUACAGUUGUUCCUGAUGAUACAUUUACAGUAACUCAAGCGGUCAAUGCUCUUGGAUUUGGAUGGUUUCAAGUGAAACUGUCAUUGUGCACUGGCUUAUGUUGGAUGGCAGAUUCUAUGGAGAUGACAAUCCUAAGCAUAUUGUCACCAGCUCUACACUGUGAAUGGAAUAUUAGCAAGUAUCAACAAGCUUUAACAACAACUGUUGUUUUCAUGGGGAUGAUGUUGAGUUCAACUUUUUGGGGGAACAUUAGUGACAGAUAUGGAAGAAAAACUGCACUCAGCAUGUGCGGAGUUUUACUAUUCUAUUAUGGAUUAUUAAGUGCAAUAGCUCCAAAUUUUCUGUGGCUAUUAUUUCUACGGGGACUCGUUGGUUUUGCCAUAGGCUGUGUUCCACAAUCAGUUACUUUAUAUGCGGAAUUUUUGCCGACAAAACAGAGAGCUAAAUGUGUUGUUCUGCUUGAUUGUUUCUGGGCAUUGGGCGCUUGCCUGGAGGUAGCGCUAGCGCUGGUCGUGAUGCCGACCCUGGGCGUGCACUGGCUCCUCGCAUUGUCCACCAUACCGCUGUUAAUAUUCGCCUUAAUAUGCCCGUGGUUACCGGAAUCGGCGAGAUUUCAUGUUGCAAGUGGACAACCAGAUAAAGCUUUGUCAACUUUGGAGCAGAUCGCAAAAGACAACGGGCGCCCGAUGUUGCUGGGCCGAUUGGUGUGCGAUGACUCGGUCGGUAUCGGCCAACGCGGGCGGCUCAAACACCUCCUCAUACCACACCUCAGGAACACCAGCCUGCUGCUUUGGUUUAUAUGGAUGUCAUGCGCGUUCUGUUACUACGGCCUGGUGCUGAUGACGACGGAGCUGUUCGAGAGUGACGCGCACGGUGCAAGCGAGACGUGCGCGGCCGACUGCCGCCCGCUGCACACUACUGAUUAUAUGGACUUGCUGUGGACCACGCUCGCCGAGUUCCCUGGAAUAUUUGCAACUAUUUUCGUGAUUGAAAAGUUUGGACGGAAGAAGACAAUGGCGUGCCAGUUUGUUAUAUUCGCUAUAUGUGUUUGUGUGCUCAUAUAUAAUGGAAAUCGGACAUUUCUGACAUGCGUCCUGUUCUUGGCGCGCGGUAUCAUAGCCGGAUUGUUCCAGGCCGCUUAUGUUUACACUCCAGAGGUAUAUCCUACUGCACUGAGAUCAACAGCCGUGGGUGCGUGUAGUGGUGUUGCGAGACUAGGCGCUAUGGUGACACCUUACGUUGCCCAAGUUUUGCUAAAGAACUCUAUAGCUAUAGCGACUGGAGUAUAUUCUUUGGCGGCGAUCCUAGCAGCCGGCGCUUGUCUGGCGCUGCCUAUUGAGACAAAAGGGAGAGAGAUGCGAGAUUCCGUCACGGCGACAAAUUGAUGAAACAUAAGAAUAUAUAAAUACUAAUCAGUUUUUCGCUUAAAUAACAUAUCCCCAGGUGUAAAUUAUUACUUCGAGUGAGAAUAAUAGUAUAAUAUUAUUUAUAUUAGCUUAAGAUUUACUUGCUAUUUAUUUACUCAUGUAUUUUAACUUACUAGUUAAUGUUCGAACCAAUCUUAUAGAUCAAAAUCUAGUUAAGAAUGUGUUGAACAUCAUAUUUUGAAGUUUUAAUUUAAGAUUAUAAUUUGGUUACUUAUUUGGUCGCUAACUCAAUUUAACUCUUAAUUUAUUUAUUCGUUAUAUAUUUGAUUCAUAUAGACAUAGUAAUAUUCAAAAUUAAUUGCUCAGCAGUUUAUUUUAAUUUUACUGGUAUUUUUGCCUACGGUUGACUGGUGAUAACACCGUAUUGGUGUCGAGUCCGUCUUUUAUACUUAUCUUGCAUAUAUCUAUAAAGCCAAUAUAUACUAAAUAUAAAACGCCCCAAGAUUAGUUUUAGCUAUCACUAUAGGAUAGACACUCAUGUGUAUAAGACUGAUUAAAAUCCCAGUCACCUUUUGUUCCACAUUAUGUUAUUGGCAGAAAUUUUACUCUGUAAUAUCCAUUUUAGAGAAUUCAACAAAACAGCUAAAAUUUUUUUAAGCAUAUAUCUUACUUUUAUGUGUAAGUAUAAGUAAUGUUAAACUAAUUUUAAUAAUAAUCACUGCCUUUUUAUUAACAUUCGACUCAACAAAUUAAUUAUACAAUGUUACUUUUUGAUAUUUUACACUCUAUCAUUUAUAUUAUGUAAGAAUUUUUAUAAAAAGUUACACUUUAACAUUUUUUAAAAUUAUCCGCUUUUAGUUUUAUCAAUAAGUAAAACAUAUUAGAUCAAACCAAAGGAGGCUUAAUUACAAAUAAGUACGUAUUUAUAGAAUGAAUUGGCCUACCUAUUGUAGUGGUUUGUUCAUAUAACAUUACUGUGAUAGUACUUUGAUGUAUUUAGAAACUUAAAAGUCACCAUACUGCAAUGCUGGCGAAAGAGGGGGGGGUCUCAAAUGUAAGGUCAACCCUCCCCCCACCGCCCUCAAUUUUAUCAUAUUUCAUGGCGAAUCGCUAGCAAUUAUGAUCAUCUAUUGCUUGGCCGUCAUUUCAUCAAUAGAGCUUGUAUUUAUUUAAGAAAAAACCUUAUAAUAUGUAUCCUUAUUCAUAUAAAUAUCCUAAUUUGAUUCUGCAGAGGCAACUCUCUUACUCAUAAAUUAAUGAUCUGGUAUUAAAUUCAUUGUAUCUUAAAUCAUAGAUCUUAUAUGAAUUUUACCGUUAUGCUUGUUGACGGUAAUAAUAGUAGUACCAUAGUGAUAGUAUACUUGAUCUAUAAUAUUUUUAAAAGAUUUUAUUAAUAGUUUUUGUUUAUCGUAAUUUUUCACAAAGCUUUAAUUGUAACAAUGCAAUAAAAUUCUUCCGUCCUUGUCUUCCAUAAAAUAGAAUAAUUGUAAGCAAUCAUAUUAAUAUUAAGAAUAUAAGUUUAUAAAGAUGUUUAAAUCCUGUUGCUCAAUGGCUUUUAAGCAGUUGAACGGAUUUUAACAAAUUUUCGUACAUGGAUGGACCAUUCUAUAAAUUUAUACAUAAUCUAAUGUAUGCGGACAAAUGCAUAAUCAAUUAAUUUAAAAAUUAUCCUUAUCAUGAUUGUUAAGAUCUUUGAUACACACCGCUAAACAAAUUUGAAUGAAGUUAACUUUCAUGAACAGAUAUUAUUCUUAACUUCAUAAUCGGAAGCGAAAAUAAUAUCUGCCAUUGAGUAAAUACUAAUGGAUUUUUUUUUAUUGUUUUAUAUCUCAUCUUGACUAAGUUAUUCACUCAUUAUUAUUAUCUUUUCAUACAUAGAAAUUGUUACACAUUACUGUAUAAUGUAUAUGCUAAUGCAUAACAAUUGAAUAUUUCAUUUAAUGUACAAUUCGCAUAUUGUACGUAAUUUUACUUCUUGAUAACUCGAUAAGUGUCUAUAACCAUCAAUAUUCUUACGUACUUAACUAUCAGUAUAGGUAUUUUGUGAUAUUAUUACUGAAUGUAAAGUAUUAUUAUAUUUUUGUGUAAAGUAUUAUAUCCUUUAUUGAAGUUAUUGUUAUAUUUAAUCUUAGCUUAGCAUUCUUACUUUGUUCUACGUGAUGUAAUCACAUGAUAAACACCAAAUAUAUUUAU